GAGCUGUCAACGAUGUGUAUAAAAUUAUCGAAACUAACCACAAUGCGCAACCCUGAAGAAAGCCGCAACGUUUGAAAAAAUGUCAACAGAGGACUUCUACUUGCGUUACUAUGUCGGACACAAGGGAAAGUUUGGACACGAGUUCCUGGAGUUCGAGUUCCGGCCAGAUGGAAAACUACGCUACGCCAACAAUUCCAACUAUAAAAACGACACCAUGAUCCGCAAAGAGGCAUUUGUCCACCAAUCUGUCAUGGAGGAGCUAAAGCGCAUCAUAAUUGACUCAGAAAUAAUGCAGGAAGAUGAUCUGCCGUGGCCGCCCCCAGAUCGGGUUGGUCGACAGGAACUGGAAAUUGUUAUUGGCGACGAGCACAUUUCCUUUACUACCUCAAAGACAGGCUCAUUGGUGGACGUGAACCGGUCAAAGGACCCAGAAGGCUUGCGCUGCUUUUAUUAUUUGGUGCAGGAUCUGAAGUGUUUGGUCUUUUCUCUCAUCGGUCUGCACUUUAAAAUUAAGCCUAUAUAAAAAAUGUUGUCGCAAUCUUCCCCAGCUGUAUUCAACUCAUUUAUAUAUUCUAUACAUAAGCUUAAUUAGCAGACACACUUAAUUUUGUAACGAUUUACUACAAAUGAACAACAUAUAUAUCAUUUUGUACGAUGGUAAAUAAAACAAAAGUGUUAAGAUUGCGCUGCGGUGAUCUGCAUGUCAGCCGUUUACCUGAGAAUUGUUUAAAGCCAUUUCAAAA